GGCAAGGUUGGUUCUAUACCCGAUUACUCUACUGAUCCAACGAUUUUUUCAUGACGUGGAGGAUUCUGAUGAAACAUACAUAAUUGCUACAAACUGGACCAUGUAAAGCCGAGUUCGUUGCUUCAACUCGAUAUCGGGCAAUCAAACAGGUUCAUGCGCAUGUCACAAAUGAAACACAUGGGCCCUACUUAAGUCUUCUCGAUAAAACAAGCGCCUCUAACGAGUACUUUACAGAUUUCAGUCUGCGUCUAUCUUUAGAAUUCAAGAAAGACAGUUGAGAAAUCGUUGCGCAAUGGCUCCGUACAUGGCUUCGAAAUCAGCACCGAUUGUGGAAGAUGUUGGAGGCUCUCGAGCAGGAAUCAACACCAAUGAUCGACAACAUCAGUUUGAACCCAUCGCUAUCUGCGGAAUGGCCCUCCGCCUCCCAGGGGGUAUAUCGACCCCCUCCCAACUUUGGGACAUCAUCCUCAACAAGAAAGACGCCCGGGCCCCAGUCCCAAGUAACCGCUACAACAUCUCAAGCUAUUACUCCGCAUCUGGAAAACCAGGCCACGUGAAAUCAGAGUACGGCUACUUUCUCGACCCGUCCGUCGACAUCAGCGCCCUCGACACUUCCUUCUUCAGCCUGCCUAAGUCGGAAAUCGAACGGCUCGACCCGCAACAACGUCUCCUCCUUGAGCUCACGCACGAGUGCUUCGAGAGCGCCGGGGAGCCGGACUACCGCGGGAAGCCGAUCGGGUGCUACGUGGGGUCUUUUGGGCAAGAUUGGACUGAGGCUUUUGCGAAGGAUGCGCAGGCCAAUGGAAUGUACACAGUCACAGGGUAUGGCGAUUUUGUGCUCUCGAAUCGGGUCUCGUAUGAAUAUGACCUCAAGGGGCCGAGUAUGACGAUUCGCACGGCUUGUUCGUCGGCUUUGAUAGCGCUCCAUGAAGCUUGCCUUGCGAUCCAGAAUAACGAAUGUGAGGGUGCUGUAGUUGCGGGGACGAAUAUUAUCAUGGCUCCUGGGUUGUCUAUUGCGCUUUCGGAGCAGGGAGUUUUGUCGCCGAAUGGGUCUUGCAGGACGUUUGAUGUUGAUGCGGAUGGCUAUGCGCGUGCGGAGGCGGUAAAUAUGAUUUACAUCAAGAGCCUGCGCAACGCACUAAGAGAUGAAAAUCCGAUCCGGGCAGUCAUCCGAGGCGUUUCGAGCAAUUCUGAUGGCAAGACGACCGGUAUGAGCCUUCCUAGUUCGGAUAUGCAUGAGUCCAUGAUCCGGAAAGCAUACGCUGCUGCAGAUAUUGCAAAUAUUUCCGAUACUGGCUUCGUCGAAUGUCAUGGGACUGGUACACCGGCUGGCGAUCCUAUCGAGACGGAAGCUGUUGGCAACGUCUUCGGUGAAAAAGGUGUCUAUAUCGGUUCCAUCAAGCCCAAUGUUGGUCAUUCCGAGGGGGCAUCUGGUAUCACGUCACUCCUGAAAUGUGUCCUUGCGCUGGAGAAUGAGAUCAUCCCCCCUAAUAUCAAAUUCGAGAGGCCGAAUCCCAAGAUCAAGUUCGAGCAGAAGAAGCUCAAGGUGCCGAUCGAGGCGAUGGCUUGGCCAGCUGGGAAAGCUCAAGUUGCGUCAGUAAAUUCAUUUGGCAUAGGUGGCUCGAAUGCUCAUGUUGUGUUGGAGUCCACGAAGAGUUUCUUCAGUCGCCGUGAUUUCGCAGAUUUGAUGCAGAAGAAGGAGUUUAUCCAAAAUGACGCACCAAAUACUUCACGGGAGUCAGCUCCGUCCUUGUUGGUAUUCUCGGCAACCACAGCUGAGUCGCUGAGGAGACGCGUGGUCAAUACGCAACAGUACCUCGAGCUCCAUCCCGAAUCGCAGAAGGACCUAGCUUAUACUCUAGGGUCGAGAAGACUACACAUGCCACACAGAGCUUUCUCGGUGGUUGGCAAGGGCAUCACGCCCAAUACAUCCCCUUUUCACAAAGCACCAGCUGGAAAUCCGGGACUCGUCAUGGUUUUCACUGGUCAAGGUGCUCAGUGGCCGCAGAUGGGGUUGGAACUCAUAGGCCAUGAUGAAAUCUUCACCCAAACACUCCAGCAGCUCGAAAAGAUUCUGGCGACUCUCCCAGAUCCGCCCCCAUGGUCCAUAGUUGAAGAAUUACAGAAAAGUGCCGAGCACAGCCAUAUCAACGAGCCAUCUUAUUCGCAGCCACUGUGCACUUCGAUUCAGAUUGCGCUGGUUGACGCGUUGGCACGUCUGGGUAUUAAGCCAACUGCCGUGGUGGGACACUCUUCGGGUGAGAUAGCUGCGGCGUAUGCAACGGGUAGACUGACCAUCUCCGAAGCAAUCAUCGCUGCUUACUAUCGCGGUGUAACAUCAGAAAAAAUCAAGCGUUCAGGGAAAAUGGCAGCAAUCGGUCUUGGUGCGGAUGAGUUGCGCCCACUGCUGGCUCCUGGCACUGUCAUCGCCUGCGAAAACUCCCCAUCCAGUACAACGAUAUCUGGAGAUAUCGAAGGGGUUGAGGCCGUCUUGAAGACUGUCCGGGAAAUUUUGCCGGCUGUUUUCACGCGGAUGCUCAAGGUCGACCGCGCAUACCACUCCCAUCACAUGCAAGAAGUUGGCGAAUCAUAUGAAAUGCUCACGGCAAAGCACAUUGCGCAGGGGACAGAACACUCAAAUCGUGUGGCUUUUUUCUCGACAGUCACUGGCACGAAGUUGCUCGACACAGAGCAGCUUGACGCCAGUUACUGGAGAUCCAACCUCGAAUCACCUGUGCUCUUCAACACAGCUGUAAACAAGCUCGUUUCUCGAAAUGGUGGCAAGAACCUGGUGUUUCUUGAAGUUGGACCACACUCAGCUUUAGCUGGCCCACUGCGCCAGAUACUUUCCCAAGGGAUGCUGAACUCCACCUACGCCUCAUGCUUGACUAGGUCCCGAAGAGCAGACGAGACCUUCCUUUCUGCCAUCGGUCAACUGCACCUGCAGAACGUGAAGAUCGAUUUUAAUCGCCUGAAUAACGCAUCUGCCGGAGCCAAGGUCUUGGCCAAUCUGCCCACAUACCCCUGGCAGCACGAUCACUCCGUUAUCUGGGAUACGCGCUUGACCAAAGAGUGGCGCUUCCGGAAAUUCAAAAAACACGAGUUACUCGGGGUCCGCGUGGCCGAGAGCACUGACAAUGAGCCGGCGUGGCGGAAUAUGCUGGCUUUGGAGCAUGUGCCUUGGAUUCGAGACCACAACAUCAAAGGGGACGUUGUAUAUCCGUGUGCAGCUUACAUCGGCAUGAUCGGCGAGGCAGUCAGACAGCUCUGCAGCGCCCCUUUUACAGGUCUCAGCCUGCGGAAAGUUGUCAUUGAUACCGCUCUGGUCAUGGUCAAGCCCCAAUCAGUCGAGAUCAUAACUAGUCUCCGCAAGUCGCGACUUACCGACAGCCUGGAGAGUUCCUGGUAUGACUUCGUCGUUAGCUCCCACAACGGAGCAUCGUGGACCAAACAUUGCACGGGGCAGGUAUCGUCUCUUUUCCAAAUUGAUGGAAACUCCACAACAGAAACAAUACCUUCAUUACCGCGUAAAGUUGACAGUCAGAGAUGGUAUCAAGCCAUGCGAGUCUUCGGUGCAAACUACGGCCCAAGUUUCCAGGGUCUUGAGGACAUAGCAUGCGCGACGACUGCCAACGAGGCAACGGGCAGAGCUGCAAACACUGUCCAAGAUCCCGAGGAGUAUUAUCCUAUUCAUCCGAGCAAAAUUGACAAUUUUCUCCAGCUUUGCAGCGCGGCUGCUUGCAAAGGGUCGGGACAUAAGAUCACACAUAUGACCGUACCGACGUAUAUUGAGCACCUAGAUAUCAGGGACUGCGAAACCGAGGUCGAUAUGGUUGUGACGGCAGAAUCUACUCCGAGAGGCGCCAUAUAUGGAAGUGGGAAAGGCUUCUCAUCAGACAGGAAUCUGGUACUCGAUGUGUCUGGUGUAAAACUUAGUCCCCUGGACAAUGGCGAGUUCAACGAAUAUUCCGAUCUUCAUGCUGGAGCAAGGACCUUCUGGCAGCCGGAUAUUGACUUUUUACCACUUUCGACUUUUAUCAAACCCAACGAAGAUCAAGCGAAAAUGCUCGGGCUCUUGCAAGAGUUUUUCGAGUAUUUCGUUUCGGAGGCAUCUCGUCGUCUAGCCCAUGCAGAGACAAAACUCCCCCACCUGGAGAAGUUCCGAUCGUGGCUUACGCGCCAGCCCAAGCCGAAAGUCCAUGACAAAAUGUACGAGUUGCAGGUCACUCUUGGACGCAGCGCACUUAAUCCACUCUCAAUCGCCCUACCCAAGAUCUGUGACUUCAUCGAGCCCAUUUUCACAGGGCAUGUUGAACCACUUGAUAUCCUUAUGCGAGAUGACACACUGACAAAGAUAUACGACUGCCUUAACAUGACGGACCGCAGCCGCAUGAUCCAACUGCUCGUCCACGAGAAGUCCAAUAUGCGCAUCCUCGAAAUCGGCGCCGGCACAGGCGGGACCACGAAUAGCUUCCUGCAAAGUGUCAGACAUAUGCCCAGCAAACAAAUGCUGUACUCGAGCUACACGUACACAGACGUCUCAGCUGGGUUCUUCGCCGCCGCCCAAGAGCGCUUCAAGGAUUUCCCGAACCUGAACUUUCAGACACUAGAUAUUUCCAAAGACCCGCUCGAUCAGGGGUUCGAGCCGGAGUCCUUCGAUCUAGUUAUUGCCGCUAACGUCCUACAUGCCACACCUAGCCUGCGGGAGACGCUUUCACGGGUGCGCAAACUUGUGCAUCCGCAGGGAAGGCUAUACAUGGAGGAGCUGUGUUGUGAGGUCAAAGCCAUUAAUUUCAUCAUGGGUGUUCUUCCUGGUUGGUGGCUCGGCGAAGAGGAUGGGCGACAUGAUGAGCCGUAUGUGAGCCCAGAACGAUGGGAUGCGGAGUUGAAGGCAGCUGGCUUUCAGGGCCUUGAAAAAUUGGCACUGGAUUGCGAACGACCGAACCAUCUUCUUGCGUACAUGAUCUCUCGACCUGACAGCGGGAUUAUACCAGCAAAUGUGGUGACUCUGGUUCAUGACAGCGCAUCGUUUGAGGUUGCGUGGCAGCUUCAAGAACAUCUUAAACAGAAAGUUCGGGCAGUAGAGCUACACGAUCUUCAUGACGGCAUCCCAAGCCACGAUUCAGACAUGAUCGCAUGCAUUGACCUGAAGACAUCAUAUCUCCACAAUAUCGAUGAAAAAGCCUAUAUUCUCUUUCAACAGCUCAUCUCCCAACGAGCUGAUUCACAGGGAGGGCUGCUAUGGUUGACCAGGAGCUCCCAAAUGCGAUGCGAGGAUCCACGAUGGGCGCAGAUCAUCGGUACCGCCCGCACUAUCCGCGGAGAGCUUGGAGUAGACAUUGCGACUUGCGAGCUGGACGUUAUUGAUGAUGCAACACUCAAACUAGUACCGGAAGUAUUCAAAAAGUUUCAGAGACAACGCCAAACUCCCGCAUCACAGCCGGAAUACGAAUAUGCCAUCGUGGAUGGACAGGUUCACAUUGGGAGAAUUUAUCCGGUAAAGGUGGCAGAUGAGCUUGUUUCAGUUACGGAAGCUGAAGGGAAUAGCACCUCGAUUGUCAGAUUAUCCAUUCAGAAAUACGGCCGCCUCGACACCCUCAAGUGGACCCCUGCACGGAAAGAACCUCUGAUAGGCGAUAUUGUGGAAGUUGAAACCAAAGCAGUUGGCAUGAACUUCAAAGACAUCCUAAUAGCCAUGGGCAUCGUCGACUCGAGUGUUUCAACCCUAGGCCUUGAAGCAUCUGGCAUCAUCCACGCUCUAGGCCCCGACGUCACUGAUCUUAAAGUCAGCGACCGGGUUUUCAUUUUCAGCAACGGCUGUUUCUCCUCUCAAAUCCGCAUCUCGGCCCAGCUCUGCAUCAAGAUACCCGACGAGCUCAGCUUCGAGGAUGCGGCGACCAUGCCGUGUGUCUUCUCGACCGUCAUCUAUGGAAUGCAGUACGUCGGGAGGCUGCGCAAGGGGCAGACGGUGUUGAUACACUCUGGCUGCGGAGGUAUCGGGCUGGCGGCUAUUCAGAUUGCGAAGAUGGUGGGCGCCGGCGAAAUAUUUACUACGGUCGGUAGUGAGGAGAAAGCUGCAUAUCUGGUUGCGAAAUGUGGGAUUCCGCGGAACCAUAUCUUCAACUCGCGGGAUUCGACAUUCGCGGCUGAUGUAAAGCGAGCUACGUGUGGGAAGGGGGUUGAUCUCGUACUUAACUCGCUCUCGGGUCAGCUCUUACAUGCUUCCUGGGACUGUGUGGCUGAAUUUGGCACCAUGAUCGAGAUUGGAAAGCGGGACUUGAUUGGAAACGGGCAACUUGCGCUGAACCCCUUUGAAUUGAACCGGGGGUACCACGGUAUCGACCUGGGACACUUAGUCGAGUCAAGACCGCAAGAAGCUGGGGAUCUUCUCAGGACUAUUGUUGAGUACUACGAAAAGGGGCUGAUUCAGCCAAUCAAGCCAGUCACGACUUUCGAGCCGGGCCAGAUCGCCGACUGCUUCCGCUACAUGCAGAAAGGCCAACAUAUCGGAAAGAUUGUCGUGCCGAUGAGUGACACCAUCCAGGACCAUCUCAUGCAGAAAUCCGGAGAUCCACGUACCGUCAAGUUCAACCCUAAAGGCUCUUACCUCCUAGUCGGCGGUCUGGGUGGGAUUGGCCGCGAGGUGUCCAGCUGGAUGGUUGAACACGGUGCGCGACACCUCAUUUUCCUCAGUAGCAGCGCAGGAACUAGCCUCGAAGACAAGACAUUCUUUAUCGAGCUCGAAAGCCAAGGCUGUUCCGUGACCCCUGUCCGGGGUAACGUCUGCAACCCUUCCGACGUCUCAAGGGCCAUUUCCGCCGUUCCCAAGCCCAUAAAAGGGGUGUUAAACCUGAGCAUGGUACUCCGCGAUCAAAUAUUCAUCAAUAUGUCUCACCAGUCCUGGUGUGAAGCCGUAGAUCCCAAGGUGGACGGAACCUGGAAUCUACACAAGGCGUGCCUUAAGGAGAGCCUAGACCUAGACUUUUUCGUGCUUUUCAGUUCCAUAACAGGCACCAUCGGAAGAAAGGGACAAGCAAACUACGCAGGCGCGAACACCUUCCUCGAUGCUUUCGUACAAUACCGGCACCAUAUCGGCUUGCCCGCCGGGGUCGUCGAUAUAGGCAUGAUGCUUGACCAUGGAUACGUUGCCGAUAACCCACAUAUCCUUGAUCGGCUUACCGCCGAGGGUGGCUACGGGGUUCGCAUUCCACAACUCCUUGACUGCUUGAAACUUGCCAUCACAAUGGGAACCCCUCGCAAAAACUCAACUGCUUUGGAUGCUUUCGUCGAGCCUUCUCAGAUUGUUCUCGGACUUCGAUCCCUGACUCCUCUCGAUCACCCAUACAACAGACAAAUGUGGAAGAAUGACCGGCGGAUGGCAGUGUACCACAAUUCCAAUAUCAGUUCCCGUGUUCUCAGAACUGCCUCGACCUCUUCUCAGCUAUCUUCAUUGCUCGCCGACGCAACAGUAAACCCGGAAAUCCUCUCCCAAGCAUCCACCGCCGUAAUUCUAGCGAAGGAGAUAGCCCGACACCUAUUCGAAUUGCUCCUACGCCCCAUUUCAGAUGAUAGGGAGCUCGACGUGGCGUGCUCGCUGCAGGACGUCGGCCUAGAUAGCCUAGUGGCCAUGGAGAUGCGCUCGUGGUGGAAGUCAACACUUGGAACCGAUAUAAGCGUAUUGGAGAUGAUGGGGAUGGGGAGUUUGUUGAUGCUGGGUGAACAUGCGGCGAAGGGGUUGAGGGAAAAAUACCAGCAACAGGAGGAAGAGGAAGCGGGAAAGUACAGCACUGCGGAUUUAAUUAGGACCAAAAUGCCUUGAGAACUUUUAUGUAAACGUACUUCGCCCACGUUCAUCAUUUUGUCUCAAUAAUAUCCUGGUAGUAAGGAAAUUAUAGUUCCUUAGUUACGCC